AUUGCUAGGGUGAGAGGUCUGCCAUACUCCGCGGCUACCGCGGACAUCGAAGAGUUCUUCAAAGGCUGUGCGAUUUUGAAGGAUGGGAUUAACUUUGUCCUGAGCCAUGGUGGGCGCCCGGCAGGAGAGGCGUUCGUGACGUUCGAGACUGAGAAUGACUGCAGACGUGCGCUGAUGAGAGACAGGGACCUGAUGAACAAGAGAUAUGUGGAGGUGUACCCCAGUAGCGAAGAUGAAAAGCACGUUGCUAUCACGAGUGCGGUCUCCUACGCCCAGGACGAUCAGAGCAGCGGGGGAGACCCUUCGACUAGUUACAAGGGAGUGGUGAAGUUGCGAGGACUGCCAUACUCCAUCACGGCUGACGACAUCCGGAGCUUCUUUGGGCACUUGAGCAUCAAGGAGGACGGGAUAAUCAUCUGCCUGAAUCGCGAGAGGAGGAACAACGGCGAGGCCUUUGUGGAGUUCACGGACGAGUACGUUGUGGACGAAGCUGUAAAGAAAGACCGGCAGAUGAUUGGCAGCAGAUACGUGGAGGUAUUCCGCUCUUCUAAAGCGGAC